AUGUUGGGAUCUAAGGGCGGGCCAGAUGCUGUAAAACUGUUGAGGAAUAUGGCCACAUUAAGCACUGUGGAGAACUUAGAGUGUGUGAGGAUCGUGCUGAUUGGAAAAACUGGAGUGGGAAAGAGUGCAACCGGAAACACCAUACUGGGACACAAUGUGUUCGAGUCUCGUGCCAGCAUGAAGUCUGUGACCAGGACCUGCCAAAAAGAGAGUGGGGAGGUCUGUGGUCGAGCCGUGACUGUUGUGGACACACCAGGACUCUUCGACACAAGCCUCAGCAAUGAAGAAGUUCAACAGGAGAUCAUGAGAUGCAUUGAACUGUCAACUCCAGGACCACACGUCUUUCUGGUGGUCAUCGCCGUCGGCCCGAUCACACAAGAAGAAAGAGAAACACUUCAGCUCAUCAAGAUGACAUUCGGACAGAAAGCAGAGGCCUACACUAUGGUGCUGUUCACACGAGGAGACAAUCUCUCAGAUGAAAGUUUUGAAGAUUACAUUAAUGAAGGAGAUCCACAUGUCCAGAAACUGAUAAAUGACUGUGGAGAAAGAUUUCAUGUGUUCAAUAAUAAACAGAAGGACCCUGAUCAGGUCAGGAGUCUGUUAAAUAAGAUCAAUAAGAUGAUGUGGAGUAAUAAACAAACUUUCUACAAUGACAAAAUGUUUCAGGAGGCAGAGAGAGCAUUCAGACUCAUGCAGAUCAAUAGAGAGAGAGAAGAGGAGGUCAGACGGCAGAUGGAGGCUAUUAAAGCCAAAUAUGAGUCUGAAAUCAAAGAAAUGAAGGAGAAACUAGAGGAAGAAAAAGCAAAAGUUAGAGAAUUUCAAUUUUUGGAGAGAGAGAAUACACUGUUAAGAGAAUAUCAGACUGAAAAAAUGACAGAGGAUGAAGUCACAACAGAUACAGAACAAACACAUGAUCAAGGUGAACCUAAGGUAUAUAUUGAGGAAAUUAAGAAUGAUGAGUAUGAAGAAUGUCUUGUGGGAAAAACUGACACACAAAAAGGAACAACAGGAGGAGAAUCUGAUCCAGAUAAAAAGAAACACAAGAAAAAAUCGAGAUUGUUUAGAUCAUUAACAUUAAAACAGACAAAGCCAGAGGAAAAUCAAAGGAUGAUGGAAAAGUCUGGAAGAAAGGAAACCACAAGUCAAGAAGAGAAAAAUGAAGAAAAAGAAAAAAAACAGAAGACCAAGAAAAACACUGGCAUAUUCGUGGAAGAAAAAUCCUUGCAAUCAGGCGAUCAGACUGACAGAAAGAAAUUAAACAAAAAAUAUAUGAAUGAAAAUAAACUUUUGCUUGAGCAGAAAAAGGCAAUGGAGGAAUGCAAUCAGAAGAUGGAGGAGAUCAAGAGAAAAUACAAAGAGAUUGAAGAGAUUCAUGCUGCAGAACUCAAGAAAUUGAAAGAGAGAAAUUCUGAUAACAUUACUGCCUGGAAUAAGACUCAUGGAAACUGUGUGCUUCUGUGAACUUCACAUUGGUUCAAAUAUCCUUUAUUAAAUGCAAACCUUAUGAAACAUUACAUUUAAUUCUAUAGAUUAUUCAUAAAUACAUUAAAAUACAUUCUCCUUUAGUCAAUUUCAAUAUACUGAGCAAAGAAUAUUCACAUUUAACACAACAUAGUGUUUAAAGUGCAUGUUAAAAAAAAAAAAAAAUGAUCGUUGUAGUCUCUGGAUUUCCCCU